GUUGUUUAGAAAGUUCUUUCAUAGAAAACCUCCUGAAGGGUUGCUUGAGAUCUCUGAGAGGGUUUACGUCUUUGAUUGCUGCUUAACCACGGAUAUGUUGGAAGAUGAAGAUUACAGAGUUUAUGUGGGCCGCAUAAUGAGUCAGCUAAGAGAACAGUUUCCCGGUGCAUCAUUCAUGGUGUUUAAUUUCCGGGAUGGAGGUAGCAGAAGCCGGAUGGAGAGUGUACUUACUGAGUAUGACAUGACUAUCAUGGACUAUCCUCGCCAUUAUGAAGGUUGCCCUUUGCUUACAAUGGAAACGGUUCAUCACUUUCUAAAAUCAGCUGAAAGUUGGUUAUUGUUAAGUCAACAGAAUAUCUUAUUGUCACACUGUGAGCUUGGUGGCUGGCCGACUUUAGCUUUUAUGCUUGCUUCGCUCUUGUUAUACCGCAAACAGUUUAGUGGAGAACAGAAAACACUGGAGAUGAUAUAUAAGCAGGCUCCUCGUGAGUUAUUACAGCUAAUGUCUCCACUAAAUCCGCUGCCUUCACAAUUGAGGUUUCUUCAGUAUAUUUCGAGAAGGAAUGUUGGGUCACAGUGGCCACCGCUAGAUCGUGCUCUUACAUUAGACUGUGUCAAUCUUAGACUGAUUCCUGAUUUUGACGGUGAGGGUGGUUGCAGACCUAUAUUCAGAAUAUAUGGUCAAGAUCCUUUUAUGGCUUCCGAUCGGACUUCAAAAGUUCUUUUCUCGAUGCCUAAAAGAAGCAAAGCUGUUCGACAAUAUAAGCAGGCAGAUUGUGAGCUGGUAAAGAUUGACAUCCAUUGCCAUAUUCUCGGUGAUGUCGUGCUAGAGUGCAUUACCCUAGGUAGUGAUCUUGAGAGGGAAGAGAUGAUGUUUCGGGUUGUGUUCAAUACUGCAUUUCUUAGAUCAAACAUUCUAACACUUAAACGUGAUGAGAUUGAUGUACUGUGGAACACAACGGAUCGCUUUCCCAAAGAUUUCAGUGCAGAGGUUAUAUUUUCGGAGAUGGGUGCUGGUAAAAAUCUAGUCGCUGUUGAUCUGCCGCAGAUGGAGGAAAAAGAUGUUCUACCUAUGGAAGCAUUUGCUAAGGUUCAGGAGAUUUUUAGUGAAGCUGAAUGGUUGGAUCCAAAUUCUGAUGUUGCUGUGACUGUUUUCAACCAAAUAACAGCAGCAAAUAUCCUUCAAGAAAGCUUGGAUUCAGGGUCUCCUCGAAGCCCUGACUCACGUAGCCUAUUGGAAUCGGCCCUUGAGAAAGUUAAGGAGAAAACCAAGUUGAUGAUAUCGGAAAAUAUUGUUGCAAGUCCUGAUGCAUCCUCUCCUGAAUGGAAAGAGAAAGAUACAGUGUCCUCUCAUAAAUCUUAUGCAGAUCCGAAUUCAAUCCUUAAAAAGGUUGAUGAAUCGCAUGGACUUCGGGUUUCAGUCCAAAGAAAUGUCCACCCGAAGAUAAUUUCACCUCGAGUAGUCCAAAGUCCAGUAACAUCACCACUUCCAAACCGUACUCCCACACAAGGAUCGCCCGCUUCAGUAUCCAGGUUUCACAGCUCCCCCUCUAGCCUUGGGAUCACUUCAAUAUUACACGAUCAUGGUACAUGUAAAGGUGAAGAGUCUACUUCAUCAUCACCAGCCUCACCUUCGAUUGCGUUUUUACCAACAUUGCAUCCGCUACCCAAAAAAGCUUCUCCACAAGUUCCACAGUCGCCCACACCUGUUUGUUCAAAUGGCCCUCCUUCAGCAGAAGCAGCAGUGACGUCACCACCAUUGCCACUACUGAAGCCACUUAGGAUUUUGUCUACUCCACCUCCACCCCCACCCCCACCUCCCAUAUCCUCUCUGCGUUCCACUCCUUCACCAAGUUCCACCAGCAGUUCCAUAGCAACACAAGGGCCUCCUCCACCUCCACCUCCACCUCCACCUCAUCUACAACCUCAGCGUUCUGCACAUUCAUCUUCUCCACUGCCACCACCUUUACCUCCAAAGAAAGUGUUAGCUACAACUAAUCCUCCACCUCCACCACCACCACCUUUGCAUUCUAAUUCUACGGGAGUCCCCACGAGUUCUUUGGUGGUGAAAUCUCCUCCUGUUCCUCCUCCACCAGCCCCUGCACCUCUGUCUCGCUCUCAUAAUGGCGAUGGUAAUGGAAAUAUUCCUCCAGUCCCUGGACCACCAUUGGGUUUAAAGGGGCGUGGGAUUUUACAGAAUCUUAGAGGUCAGGGUCAAACGAGAAAGGCCAACUUGAAACCGUAUCAUUGGUUAAAGCUUACUAGGGCAGUGCAAGGAAGUUUAUGGGCUGAAGCGCAGAAAUCUGAUGAAGCUGCAACUGCUCCAGAUUUUGACAUCUCUGAGCUUGAGAAACUCUUCUCAGCAGUGAAUCUUAGCUCUGACAAUGAAAGUAAAGGUGGGAAAUCAGGUCGACGUGCCCGACCUAAAGUUGAGAAAGUGCAGCUGAUUGAGCUCAGACGAGCAUACAACUGUGAGAUCAUGCUCUCUAAAGUUAAAAUACCUUUGCCUGAUUUGAUGAGUUCUGUUCUUGCUUUGGAUGAGUCAGUGAUAGAUGUUGAUCAAGUUGACAAUCUAAUAAAGUUUUGUCCAACGAAAGAAGAAGCAGAAUUGCUCAAGGGCUUCACUGGAAAUAAGGAAACUUUGGGACGGUGUGAGCAGUUCUUUUUAGAACUGCUGAAAGUUCCUCGAGUGGAAACCAAGCUAAGGGUUUUCUCAUUCAAGAUUCAGUUUCACUCCCAGGUUACUGAUCUUAGAAGAGGUUUGAAUACCAUACAUCGUGCAGCCAAUGAGGUUAGAGGCUCGGCUAAACUAAAAAGAAUCAUGCAAACUAUACUUUCCUUGGGAAAUGCAUUGAACCACGGGACUGCAAGGGGCUCAGCUAUCGGGUUUCGCCUGGAUAGUCUUCUGAAACUUACUGACACUAGAUCCCGUAACAGUAAGAUGACUCUGAUGCACUAUCUCUGUAAGGUGCUUGCCGAGAAACUUCCAGAGCUACUUGAUUUUCCAAAAGACCUGGUGAGCUUGGAGGCUGCAACAAAGAUUCAACUAAAAUACCUGGCAGAGGAGAUGCAAGCAAUUAGCAAAGGGUUGGAGAAAGUUGUACAAGAGUUUACUGCAUCUGAAACUGAUGGUCAAAUAUCAAAACACUUUCGUAUGAACUUGAAAGAGUUUCUUAGCUUUGCUGAAGGAGAAGUAAGGUCCUUGGCUUCUCUCUAUUCAACUGUGGGUGGAAGCGCCGAUGCAUUGGCAUUAUACUUUGGAGAAGAUCCUGCUCGUGUCCCAUUUGAGCAAGUUGUAUCCACUCUGCAAAACUUUGUUAGAAUAUUUGUGCGGUCACAUGAGGAAAACUGCAAGCAAGUCGAGUUUGAGAAGAAGAGAGCACAGAAGGAAGCAGAGAACGAAAAACUUAAGAAAGCCUCUGGCAGUCCCGGGCGCCGGAAAGUAGAUGUUGCAGCUCCUAGUUCAGGGAUUUUAUCCAAAGUUCCCAGAUUUAGUCUUUUAGAUUAGAAGAUUAAGGAGGAAACUUUGUUCCUCUGGUAGGUAUCAAGAAGAAGAAAAAAAGCUGGAAUGCGGCGAUUAGGUAAUGCAGUCGAAGAUUUAGCUCUGUGUUUUAAUGGAGAUAGUAUUAGAUAGUCACUAAUGCAAGAGUUUGAGUCCCUUCCUGGUUUAAUACAGAAACAGAAAUGUAACUUCUUGUGUAUAAAGUUUUGGGAGCGAU